GACGAUCUCUUGAGCCGAUGAAUCGGUCUAGGUCGGCCGGAUCAUUCACAAAGUUAUAAUGAGCGUAUCUCUUUUCACUGCUGGCUGACCCAGGUCGGCCGUGUCUUUUCAGGGGUCGCUGCAAAGUGAUCGGCAGUAGCAAAUUAGCGAAAUGGCGCGCCUCGGUUUAAGUUCAACAAAGACUUCUCAACGUCUCGCACGCAUUUAGAUGCAAGCAAAAGCAAGCAUGUCUUUGCAAAGGCAGCAGCAGCGGCAGCUACAGGCCAUAACGCUCAUCGAGCGGCACAAUGACUGUGCAUCACUCGGACAAAUACACAGCUAUGAACAUAUCACACCGAGGCUCUAUAACUUAUCGCCAGCCGAGCGUCAGUCUCGACUCGCCCGGCGACGGUACAAGACGAAUCUCGAUACCUCCCGUCAAUCUGAUGGGAUCAGCCUCUGACUCACGCUCGCCUGGCGCAGGCCUUUUGACGCCAGACUCUGCCCGAGCCAACCACCGUGGGCGAAUGUCAGCCAGCGAUGGGAGCCCCGAAAGCUCCUCUUACUUUCUUCGUAGGCCCUCGCUUGCCAGGCGUCGGUCCUCUCGCAGUCGGGACCGACGCUCAUCAUCUACCAGUCCAUUUGGGAUCGGAAGGGUUACGGCAGCAGUCAAUUUCUUGUCUUCCAAUCCGCUCAAGCAUAACGUCGCUCGGCGCAGAUUGCUCGCACUAUGCACCGUCGCUUUCUUUGUCUGGUAUGUCGGGUCUGGUUCGACCCUGGCAAGCAGCAAAGACUACAUCAUCGAGGUAUCGACGGCGAGAGCAGUAGAGAUGAUGUCGCAUGGCUACUUCAACUCGACAAACGCACGCGGACUGUACGAAGAUCCUGCCGCACCAAAGCUCAUCGCUGCCAACCCACCGAGCGCAUUGCCGAGCGAGCGCAUCUCUCGACUGCUUGCAAACGCCGACAAUAGCCAGUCAAAUGAGCCUAGCCAAUUGACCUGGUCGUUGGCGCGCGCCAUCUUGCCGCCCUUGGAUGAAGAGCUCUUACCCUGGCACACCGAGCGUAUCGACACCCUCGCUCGUCUCAUACACUGCAAGUUGAUGGGCACUUGCACGGAGAAGCAGAAGAAGAUUGUGCUCGUAGGCGCUGGACGCUUUCAGUGGUGCUUCGAUGGCACGUUCGACCGCCCGUCUUCCUUCGCCAAUGGCGAGGCAAUCCUUGCACAAUCUUUCAUAUGGGCUCUCAAGGAGCAAGGCUAUCCGAUGAUCUUUGUGGACGAAAAGCGUCGAACGCGGCGUGACGUGAUCCGCGCUGUUGCAAGGUUACAUGAGGUACUCAACGAUCACGUCAAGAUGGUCGUCUUCGAUUACCAAACGGAGCCAGAGUGCAUCGUCGACCGCUUCUGCGCGAAAAGCGCCAAGCUUCCCAGAGGCAUCCCUCGCUGGAAAAUGUUCGUCUGGGACGGACUGGGCGGCGUCAUGGGCUACGAAACGGCGACUCGCUGGCCUUGGCAUCUUGUCGGCGUCCCGCUAGCUCGUGCACCGGAAUCAACCUUUCUGGGUCAUACUAUCGAGAAGGAUUGCGCCAAUCUGCCAUUUGUUGCUCAUCAAGAUCGACCCCAUGCAGCAUACAUGCUCGGCAAAGACAGCUCCUACUACGAGCCUUCGAGAUCUUCGUGGACACACGACGAUCUCUCGGCAGUCGUCGCUUCCUCUGGACUCGAGCUGCGUGCUGGCAUCAAGGUCACACGGGACAAUCAUGUGUUACCGCCCGCGAUCAAGAACAUCGGCGUGAGCACACGCACAGACUUCAUCACCUCGCUCGGAACAGCCAAGGUCCUCAUCGGUGUAGGCAAUCCCAUCGAAUCGCCCUCGCCCUUUGAAGCUCUUUGCAUGGGCACACCUUUCAUCAAUCCCGGCAGCAAGACCAAUCACGCGCUCAAUUAUGAGGGCAUUGCACGCACGCAUGACAACUGGCGAGCUCAACAUGCUCAGUUGCUCGAAUUUGGCGCACCAUAUGUCUACAAUGUAGAGGCGCACAAUCAGACUGAGCUGCUGGCAGCGGUGCAACAAGCUUUGGCAACGCCACUCAAAGGUCCCUUUAUCCCCAAAGAGCUCAGCAACAAGGGCUACAUCGAGCGACUCGAGUCCGCCAUGGCUGUUGACUACGAAGCACUUUACAUCGACAUCAACGGCGGUAGCGAAGACGUAGAGCGUCAACGUGUCAUCGAUUUUGCUCACAAGCAAGGCUGGCCUGUCAACCUAUAAAUUCAUCGUGACCUGACGAUCACUUUCGAGUGCGAUACCACUGUAUAUCUGUCACAUGGCUUUCUUUGUUGUAUCGCUGCUUUCUAGAGAUGCAGCUGACCAUUUGCAAUCCGUCCGUGCUG